GCCGCGCAGAGGCGCUCAGCGCGGGCGGCGGGGACGGGCGGCGGAGCCGCUCCCGCCCCUCCCGCCAUGAGCAACAGCGCGGGCCCCGCGGCGCGGCUGUGCCGCCUGGAGCGGGGGCCGGACGGCUACGGCUUCCACCUGCACGGCGAGAAGGGCAAGCCGGGCCAGUUCAUCCGGCUGGUGGAGGCCGGCUCGCCGGCCGAGCGCUCGGGGCUGCGGGCCGGGGACCGGCUGCUGGAGGUGGAUGGCGAGAACGUGGAGCGGGAGAGCCAUCAGCAGGUGGUGGAGCGCAUCCGUGCCGCUGCCGGGGCCGUCAGCCUCCUCGUCGUGGACCCGGUGGCCGACGAGCAGCUGCAGAAGCGGGGCGGGGCGGGUGCUGAGCCCCCCGUGGGCGGCGGGCAGGCGGCGCCGGAGCCGGCGGAGCCCGCGGCGCGGGAGCCCAGCGGCGGCGGCCAGAGGGUGGAGCUGCGGCCUCGGCUGUGCCACAUGAAGAAGGGUCCCAAUGGCUACGGCUUCAACCUGCACAGUGACAAGAGCCGCCUGGGGCAGUACGUGCGUGCUGUGGACCCUGAGUCGCCAGCUGAGGCAGCAGGGCUGUCCCCCCAGGACCGCAUCAUUGAGGUGAACGGGGUGUGCAUGGAGGGCAAGCAGCAUGCUGAUGUGGUGGCAGCCAUCAAGGCGAGCGGUGACGAGACCAGGCUGCUGGUGGUGGAUGUCCUCACAGAUGAGUUCUUCAAGAAGUGCAAGGUGGUGCCAUCAGAGGAGCACCUGACAGGUCCCUUGCCAGAACCAGUUGCCAAUGGUGAUAUAGGGAAGCAGGAGAACAGCGGAGAGCUGCGGUCCAAUUCGGUGUCUGAGAGCCCAUCCAGCCCCGGGCUGCUGGCCGUGUCCCCUGACUCCGGCGAGACCCACAGCGAGCCUGACACGCAGGAGGGUGACAAGCGCCAUUCGGCAUCUGGCUCCCUCCUGGACCUUGACAUCCCGCUGGCAGUGGCCAAGGAGCGAGCGCACCAGAAGCGCACCAGUAAGCGGGCACCCCAGAUGGACUGGAGCAAGAAAAACGAACUGUUCAGCAACCUGUGAAGACCCCAAGGCAGGGUGAGGGUCUGCUGGCCCCCCCAGCCUCAUACACCCCCCCCACACCCCCCUCCUCCCUGCCAUAGGCUCCUGGCAGGGAUGCAGAGCUGCUCCCCACCACCCUGACCUAAGCGACGGGGCUCAGUGGCCAGCGAGCAUCCCUGCAGCGGGGUCCUGGGCAGUGGUUUUAGGCUAAAGAGGGCUGGGGGGUGCCCCCUCCUCUGAGCCCAGCCCUGAGGUGCUCCUCCAGCCCUGCCAUGAAGCCCUGCACAAGGGGGGGAUCAAGGAUUUGGGGUGGCCCAAUGCUCAACACUUUUUGAUCCCUGCUGUUCCCUGGUCCUUCCCCCACCCCAAACCCCAUCUCCAUUUAAGCUGCACCCCCCACCCCCCACCCCCCACCCCCCCCCUUGCCCUUUAACUGCAAAACCUGAGGCUUCUAGUGACUUAGCAAACCCCACCUGCCUGGCCACUGACCACAGCGAUUCCCCCCGGGGGUAUUUGCCCCUGCCUGGCAAGCUCCGUCCAUGAUGACCCUGUCCUCAGGGUGCCCAGCAUGGUGGGGAGCCCCCUGCCCCCGGGGCUAUUUUGGGAGAGGAGAGGGUGUCUGGAGCCAGUGCAGCAGCAAUAAUCAUCUCCUUUGCUCCCGCUCACUCCUGGAGACAGAGCCGAUCAGGGUUUGAAUCUGAUACUGUUUAAUUUAAAGGCUUCUCAAUAGACUUUUUUCCAAAAUAUAAGAGUUUUCCAAUCACACUGUUUAUUUUUUUAAUGUAUUUUGUGGAAAUUCUUCCUGUGGAUGUUUUGUUUCCAUGUGUUGCGAUCAGGUGUUGUUGUACUGUCAAGCUCAAGAGAAAUUCUGUUUACUGGAAUAAACCUUCCUGACUUCA